AGAAGCUUCUCAGAUGUCUGGUGAACCUCCAGGUGAUUCUUCCACAGGUCUGAUUAUCAUCCCAGUAAAAACAACUUGCAUUUCAGUAUUUCCCCCCCAAACUAAAACAUUCUCUUCCUGUUCAAGGCCCUCGUGCUUUUCCUGAAUAAAUAUAAUGGGACAGUAGCCCUCAAAGUGGCUUCACCAGUUAUUCUCCACUCCUGUGAUCAUCGGUCCCCAUUCUACAUUCCUGCCUCUCUGCCAGGGCUCCUCUCCUUCCUGUUUAGGUUGGACAGCAACCUGGCUCUGGCCGACAGGAACCCACUGCUGACCUUGGCUGUCCUCACCUGUGGGCAGACACCAGUGGAGGCCAAUGUCCUUGAUGCAGAGGAGAAAUUAUAGCCCAUUUGUGGAAGCACGAGAGGCCUCUCCGAUUGUGAGCGAAAAACAGGCCAAACAGCUCCUGAGAUCCCGGCGACAGGACAGGCCCAGCAAACCUGGAUUCCCUGACGAGCCAAUGCGGGAGUACAUGCAUCGCCUGCUGGCCCUGGAGCACCGUGCUGAGGAGCAGUUUCUGGAGCACUGGCUGAACCCUCACUGCAAGCCCCACUGCGACAGGAACAGGGUCCACCCUGUGUAAGGGCGUGG